AAAUGUGCACAACUCCUUUGCUCGCCACUCCAUCCAUCCAUAUGAUGCGUUUGUCGCAUCAACCAAAGUCGGAAGUUGAAUGGUUUCCAUUCAGAAGCUCGCCUUUACUCUAGCUGCGUCGUGGAAGCUGCCAAGGGGGCACACUUCGACGAUAGCGCUCUUUUGAAUGUUCGAAAUGCUUCCGUGUAGAAGUCUGCAGUAGUUUGGUUGUGUGAGUGACUUUUUUUUUAGUUUGACAGACAACAGAAUGGCUUUUACGCACUUGCUGCUGUGUGCGGGGAUGUUGACACUGCGUCUUUGUGGAGCCUACUAUAGCGGACCUCUCCAGCCAGAGAUGUCGAACGGCACUUUUCACCACUACUUCGUGCCGGACGGCGAUUACGAGAAUAACGACGACCCGGAGAAAUGCCAACUACUUUUCCGAAUGACCGAUGAACGAAAGUGUGGUCCCGACGAGGACCAGGACUCGGUCAUCCGGGACGAUUUCAUCAUCAUCAGGCGGCAGAUUGAAGACUCUGCCCGGGUGCUGGAGGGGCUCGGGAGGAGCAUCUCAUACGACUUGGACGGAGAGGACAGCUACGGAAAGUAUCUGCGGAGAGAGACAACGCAGAUAAGUGACGCGUUCACGAACUCUGAGAAGUCCCUGCUGGAGCUGGAGGUGAAGUUCAAGCAGAGCCAGGAGAACGAGUUGAAGGAAGAGCACCGACUCAGUGACGACUUUCUCAACAUGAUCGUGAGCACCCGGGACACCCUCAAAGAGACAAUGGACAUUUCUCUGGGCCUGAGGGACAAACAUGAGCUGCUCUCGCUCAUCGUCCGCAGUCACGGCACACGGCUCAGUAGACUGAAGAAUGAGUACAUGAAGUUCUGAGACAAUAGCCCUGAUAUUCAACUGUAAUUUUAUGAUGUUUGACCUCGAGGGAGCGCAAUUACACAUAUAUUGACCACAAUCAAGUCGUCUUACUUCUGGCAAUCAAUUUUGAUUCAACAUCACUGUGUUUGUAUUUUUGCAGUGCUGCAAACCAGUCAUGAACAUGUCCAUCAAAAAUGAGCAUAACCAUCUUUUUACAUCAGUUUUCGCUGGCUGUGCAAAAAUUUAAACGCCGCAAUCUUGGGAACAAGCAGCGGUGGAAAAUAGAUCACCGAGUACAGUUUUCCCUCAUUUGAUGCCAAGUUCUGUUCUUUAUCUAAAUGUCAUUUUUAUUCUAAUUGAAAUUUAUUCUGAUUUGUCAGCUGUAUUUGUCAGGUUUGACCUAAAAAAAUAAUCAUUCUCUAUAGCAUGGUGUAUUUUGCUGAAGUAAUACACCCAUUAGGCCACAGGUACUUUACUUGUAAAUUAUAAUAUAUACUGUUGUGACUGUAAUUAUAAUAAUUCCAAACAUUUUAUAUACUCAAAUUUUUCUUAUGUCCAAGGAUGGAAAUCAGCUACAACUCAUUUAUAAUUGUGCAAUACACAAAUAGUUCUCAUUCGGCUUUCACUUACAGAUUGAUUCUAUUUGGGUUUAUGACAGACAGCUUCCAAAUCUAUGAGGUUCUCAAAGUUUACCUGUCAUGGAAAGUGUGAUCCAUUUGACCACAACUGUAUACUGUACACAGACACACGCACAGAAUUCCUGGAAGCAGCCUUGAUUGUACCCCUUAAGCAAGACACAUGUCUGACAGAUUUGCUGGAUAAUCUAAUUUUCAGGAAGGGAAGAGCAGGAAAAAUGGAGAGAAGAAUUCAAACCAUAAUAAUUAUUUACUGAGUAUUUAGGAUUUAUUUUUCCAACGUUCGUAGGGAUGUUUAUUCCGAGGAAUUUCGUAACAGGCCAGCAGAUGUUGCACAGUUCCAGACUGUUGGGGUGCUAAAUAUUGAACUCAAAAUGUAAGGCAGGCAAUAUAAAAUGUAAUGUUUAUGUUCUGAAGCUAUGUAUGUAUGUUGAGUGCCAGUAUCUAUCUUAAAAAAUAUUUUAAUGUGUAUUCUUUAUUCAUGCUAAGGUUGAAAUGGAGCAUCCUAUGUGUAUGGUAAUAUACAGUCUGUGUGAGACAGCAUACUUGUAUAAAUAUAUAAUAUAGUAGAUAAAGACUGCAGGCAGCACUCGAGAAAUUCAACCUCAAACGGCAAUUUGUGUGACAUUAUCAGAUUGUGUUGUGUUUUCACAAGUAAAGAGUUGUUUGAAGUGAA